GCGGCUGCUUGGGCAGGUCCGGACGGGCAGCCGGCAGCCGAGCCAGGACCCUGCGCCGGGAGCCCGAGCGAGGACUCCCAGGCCGCGGCCCCGCCUCCUCCCCGCCUUAGCGCCCGCCGCCCGCGGGUCGCGCCCCGAGCUCCUAGCGGCGCCGGGGCAGAGCCGAGCCGUAGCCGCAGCCGGAAACCGGCCCGAGCCGAGCCUGCGGGUGAAGUCCCCGGGCCCGAGCCCCGCGCUGCUCAUGGCGGGGCCGCGGGGCGCGCUGCUGGCCUGGUGCCGCCGCCAGUGCGAGGGCUACCGCGGCGUGGACAUCCGCGACCUUAGCAGCUCCUUCCGGGACGGCCUGGCCUUCUGCGCCAUCCUGCACCGGCACCGGCCCGACCUGCUAGAUUUUGAUUCACUUUCCAAGGACAAUGUCUUCGAGAAUAACCGUUUGGCCUUUGAAGUGGCCGAGAAGGAGCUGGGCAUCCCUGCCCUCCUGGAUCCCAAUGACAUGGUCUCCAUGAGUGUCCCCGAUUGCCUCAGCAUCAUGACCUACGUGUCCCAGUAUUACAACCACUUCGCCGGCUCCGGCCCAGCAGCCGGUGUCUCAUCACCCAGAAAGGGCCUGGCGCUGUCCUCCCCGCCAUCCGAAGCAUCUACUCCUGCGGACCCAGGAGACAGGGCUCAGGGUGAGGAGUGCUCCCCAGGCAGCCUGUCGAAGCAGGGCUCCCACCGGACCCCCAGCAGCACGUGCGCUGCCUGCCAGCAGCACGUACACCUGGUGCAGCGUUACCUGGCCGACGGCAAGCUGUACCACCGGCACUGCUUCCGGUGUCGGCGGUGUUCCAGCACGCUGCUCCCUGGAGCUUACAGGAAUGGGCCAGAGGAGGGCACCUUCGUGUGUGCAGAGCACUGUGCCAGACUGGGCCCCAGUGGGCGAUCAGGGGCCAGGCCUGGAACCCCGCUGCAGCCAAAGCAGCAGCAACUUACAGAAGAAACCAAGGAGGUGGAGGGCGGCAGCCCCAGCCCUAAGGCAACUGCAGGGGCCGAGGUGGACGUGCCCAAGGCCAGCCCCGAGGGCCGACCCCAGGUCCCCACCAAGCCCCGGGUUCCCGGCAGACCACAGGAGCUGGCCAGCCCCCCGGCCAGCCGCCCCACACCCGCCCCCAGGAAGGCCUCCGAGAGCACAGCCCCGACGCCCCCCACGCCCCGGCCCCGGUCCAGUCUGCAGCAGGAGAACUUGGUGGAGCAGGGAGGCGGCAGUGGCCUGGUGAACGGGAAGCUGCAAGAACCCCCCAUCCCCAAGCCCAGAGGGACCCCCAAGCUGUCGGAGAGGACGCCAGCCCCCAGGAAAGACCCGCCGUGGAUCACCCUGGUGCAGGCAGAGCCAAAGAAGAAGCCAGCCCCCCUGCCCCCGAGCAGCAGCCCUGGGCCACCGCCGGGCCAGGAAGGCAGGCAGGUGGAGAACGGAGGUGUGGACAAAGCGGCCCCACAGGGCCCAGAGCCCAAGCCCUACAACCCCUUUGAGGAAGAGGAGGAGGAGCCCCCCGCUGCACCCAGCCCAGCCCCCGGCCCUGCCUCGACCCCACCGGAGUCCACACCCAAGUCGCUGCACCCCUGGUACGGCAUCACCCCCACGAGCAGCCCCAAGACGAAGAAGCGCCCCGCCCCCCGAGCACCCAGCACAUCCCCCCUCGCUCUCCAUGCCUCCCGCCUGUCCCGCUCGGAGCCGCCUUCAGCUACCCCAUCGCCAGCCCUCAGCGUGGAGAGCCUGUCGUCCGAGAGCUCCAGCCAGCCCCCCGGUGAGGAGCUCCUGGAACCACCCGUCGUGCCCAAGAGCUCCUCAGAGCCUGCCGUCCACGCCCCUGGCACCCCUGGGACCUCUGCCAGCCUCUCUGCCAACUCCUCCCUGUCCUCUUCCGGGGAGCUGGUGCAGGCCAGCGUGGACCGGAUGCCUCAAGCCAGCCCUGGGCUUGCCCCCAAUGCCAGGGGCAGCCCGGGUCCCCCGCCAGCCAAGCCCUGCGGUGACACUGCCCCCAGCCCCCUUGUGUUGGUUGGAGACAAGAGCCCUGUGCCUUCUCCUGGAGCCUCAUCCCCGCAGCUGCAGGUGAAGUCUUCUUGCAAGGAGAACCCUUUUAACCGGAAGCCAUCACCCACAGCAUCCCCAAGUGUAAAGAAGGCCACCAGGGGCUCGAAGCCAGCGAGACCACCUGCCCCAGGACAUGGCUUCCCACUCAUCAAACGCAAGGUCCAGUCCGACCAGUACAUCCCCGAGGAGGAUAUCCACGGAGAAAUAGACACCAUCGAGCGCCAGCUGGAUGCCCUGGAACACCGUGGGGUCCUGCUGGAGGAGAAGCUGCGUGGCGGAGUGAACGAGGGCCGUGAAGACGACAUGCUGGUGGACUGGUUCAAGCUUAUUCACGAGAAGCACCUGCUGGUUCGGCGGGAGUCCGAGCUCAUCUAUGUCUUCAAGCAGCAGAACCUGGAGCAGCGGCAGGCCGACGUGGAGUACGAGCUCCGGUGCCUUCUCAACAAGCCAGAAAAGGACUGGACAGAGGAGGACCGGGGCCGAGAGAAGGUGCUGAUGCAAGAGCUCGUGACCCUCAUCGAGCAGCGCAACGCCAUCGUCAACUGCCUGGACGAGGACCGGCAGAGGGAGGAAGAGGAAGAUAAGAUGUUGGAAGCCAUGAUCAAGAAGAAAGAGUUCCAGAAGGAGGCUGAGUCCGAGAGCAAGAAGAAGGGCAAGUUCAAGACCAUGAAGGUGCUGAAGCUGCUAGGAAACAAGCGUGAUACCAAGAGCAAGUGCCCUGGAGACAGGAGCUAACGGUGCAGACUGCCAGCUGGGGACACCACCCCCGCACUGGCUGUGCUCUGCGGGGCGGGGGGGGAGCUUCUGUGUCCCUUCAGGAUCAGUCAAGAGGAAAGAUGACUUAGGGGAGGGAGCCUCUGGGUGAUGGCCUCUCCCUCCUCAGGGCCUUCUGGCUGGUCUGGGCCAAAGAGUUUUUCUUCCCUCUCCUCUGAGCCCCCUGCCUGGCUCUCCUGACUCCAGAUGCUGUGACCGACCCCAGGAGCGAGCAGGGUCUCGUCCCACGAGCCCCUGCCCUUGGUCCCGCUUCACUCCUGUACCACGUGUGGAGGGGAGCAGAGGGUCUGUCUGCCUAUGAGGGUCUGCCUGUGGUGGACCCUCUGGCCUGGGUCUCCUGCCCUCUGGGCAGGUCGGCAAGCCAGACUCGGCCACAGCGGCCCCUUCCCACUCCCCGCCGUCCUGGGUCUGAGUCCCUGUCAUCCUGGCAGGGCAGGCAGCCUUGCCUCUCUCUCUCCGCACUCAGGAGCUCUAUUUAUGAAGUCUCUUAAUUAAAGUUGGAGGUAGUUACUGUGUCCUCAAGACCUGAAGGGGCCUCAUGGACAGACCCCUCCCUUUGUUCCUCGAAGUCUUAGGAGGUGCUUCCCUCACCUCCCCUCAUUCUGCAGGAAGUCUCCCUGCCCGAGACAGGGUGCUGGGGCGGGUGGGGUGCCCGGGAGCUGAGCCCCCCAAGGGCGGGCCCCGGGGGAGGCGGGCGGGCCCCAGGCCAGCAGCAGGCGGGCGUGCUGCCUGUAGGUGCUAACCCUGGCCCUUCACCCCACACCGUGGCCCCGGCCCCUCCCGUGGGCUCUCCCCGCCACCCCAGGGCCGGGGUGCGGCAGACCCGCCCCUGGUGGUCAGCGCCAGCCUGUCUCCUCACACGCGCCUGUUGUCUGUUCCCUCCCGACUCUGUCGCCUCCAAAGGACUGAUGGCCGCUCACCCCCUGGGACGGCUGUGGGAGAGGAGGAGCCGAUGGGGACCAGCACCUUCGCCCCAGGGGACGUGCCCAGCAGCUCUUGGGGCAAAGCACUGUUGCUAUAAGCUAUUUCCGGGGUGCCUUUAGGGCCCUUCCCUCAGCACACCUCCAGGGAAAGAUCACACUGUAUUAACUUGAGAGGGUUUUCCUCACCGACAAUAAACAGAGACCACCUCAGCUGCCAGUGCCUUGCAGCCCUGGGCCGCCCUCCGCUUGCCAGGCCUCCCUUCUUGCCUGCCUCUGCCAUGCCUCCUGGCCGGCAUCUCUGCUGGCCCAGGAGGGCGUGGAGGGGCUGUCCACCGCCGGGGGCCCUGGCCCCUCUCUCCCUGCCGCUGGGCAGGACGCCUUCCUCUGCCGGGACCAGUGCUGCCUCCGACCGUCCCCUUGCUGACGGGCCUGUUGGCCUGCCAUGGGGGUCACCAGCUCCAGCGCCUUUCGGGGGCCAGGCGGGUGACACACGUGAGCCCUGGCUGGGUGCGUCCUGCGGGGCGGCCCCGUCAGGCUGCCCUGGUGUCAGGACACCUGGGUGGCAGGGACUGGGGUGAACUGGGAUGGACACACCGCAACCACGGGGGAGGUUGUCCCUCACCCAAGUCAACUGUAGCCUGUGGGAUGUGGGCCCAGUGGGACCAGAUCUUUGCAUUUUUCAAAAGAAACUGGAAAUCCA